AUGGUGUUUCGUAUUGAAAAGGAUUUUAUAUAUUGGAAUUACUUUUAUCAAUUAAUUUAUCUUAUAAUUUUAUUAAAUUUUGCAAUAAAGGUCUUAUGGUUAAAUGGCGGCCCUGGAUGUUCUUCACUUCUUGGUCUAUUUGCCGAAUUAGGCCCUUAUUUACUUUCAAAAGAUGGUUCUAAAUUAAUUAAAAAUCCUUAUUCUUGGAAUAACAAUGCUAAUGUUUUGUUUCUUGAAUCCCCUGCGGGGGUUGGAUAUUCUUAUUCAACUGAUGGAAAUCUUACUACAAAUGAUGAUGAAACAGCAAAUUACAACUAUGAAGCCUUAAAACAAUUUUUCAACAAAUUUCCUGACUUCAAAGGACGCCCAACAUUUAUAAGUGGUGAAUCUUAUGCUGGAGUCUAUUUGCCAAUGUUGGCUAAUUUAAUUAUUAAAGGACAAAAAUUUUACUCAAUAAAUUUGAAGGGAGUGUUGAUUGGAAAUGGGUAUUUCAGUCAACGCUUAAAUAUUAAUACAAUGCUAACUUAUGCUUAUGGUCAUGGUCUUUUAGAUGAAGGAUUAUGGCAUUCCUUUAGCAAAAAGUGUUGUAAAGGAUGUAUUGGUAUAUUUCUUAGAUUUUGA